AUGAAUGACAAUAUGAAAAAAUAUUCAUUUCACAUUCUUCACAUUGAAUCAAAUUUAGUGAGAAACAAUUCGUUUUGUAUGUACAACAGGAGAGCCAGGCACAGGAUAAUGCCUUAUUACAUGCCCAAUGGUAGAUUGGUCAUAGUAGAUAAUAAUAAUGAUAGAUUACACGAAAGAACUCAUACUAAAAGUGAAAAUUCCGAUACUGGUCGUGAUAAUAAUGAGUUGUGUGAUGAUUAUGAUAAUUUCGUGUCUCCUGUCUGCGGUCUUUUCAGAUCUAAAUCAUUAGAAAAUAUAAACACUUCUAAAAAGGGUCAAAUGGGCUGUUGUAUAUUUUAA